GCGGCGCGCGAGCACCAUUAAGUUGACAAACUUCUUCUUCACAAACUUCUCCAUCUUUGUUUUUUUUUCUGCUGAAACGGAGCCCGAGCCUCGUCCUAACCCGCCAUGUAGGCUACGCGUGUCGUACACUAUACGUGGAUACUGGCCCUUGUGUUUCGGGGGUCCGGAAAGCGGCGACUCACGGUACGGACAAUCCAGCAUGAUGUGGCCGUGGGCAGUGCACUGGGUUACGCUGGUGUUGGUGUUGGUGUACCCGGCCGUGGCGCAGUACUCCAGCGACCUGUGUAGCUGGCGAGGAAGUGGUCUGAGCCACGAGUCUCAUCGCAGAGAUGUGGAGCAGAUCUACUUACGUUGUUCCCAGGGCUCGAUGGAGUGGCUCUACCCGACCGGCGCCAUCAUUGUCAACCUGCGUCCAAACACAGAACCCUCACCAGGACGCAUGGGCGGUCUCCAUGUGUGCAUCAAACCCCAGCUUCACUCGCAGGGUUCACACCUGUAUUUGGAGCGAGCUGGUGAUCUGAGGCUGCUGAUGGCUGAAAGUGAACAACCUCAGGGAGGCGUGCGCUGCUUCGGCUACGCUGACGGAGCUCUGUUUGUGGAGGCCGUUCCUCAAACAGACAUCAGUCGGAGGAUCACCGCUUUCCAGUAUGAGCUGGUGCCCAGUCAUGGUCCCGGGGUGCAAUUGUACCCACACCUGAAGCCUGGUUUUGUCACAUGUGAACCUUGUUCAGAUGAAGAGGUCCUCGUGGCUGUUUGCACCAGUGACUUCGCAGGCAGAGGUGUCUUCCAAGGCGUGCUACCAAGCGCCGACAAACGCUCUCAGGCUGCUGCCGUGGCUCUGAGUCGCCUCCACCAUCAGAAGACCCGGGUGUUUACCGGUGGCGGGGGCAGAGUGCGGCACUGGACCGGACGUGUCAACGUUCCUGCAGAAUGCGGCAUUCCCCCGAGCGGAGAUGACUAUCUUUUUACCGGCUCCGUCCAUUUUGGAGAAGCGUGGCUUGGCUGCGCACCUCGCUACAAGGACUUCCUGCGGCUGUACGUUGGAGCACGGAGAGCGGGAAUCAACCCCUGUCACGUAGAUAUUGACUGAAAACACGGAGAAAGUUAAGAGAAUGGAGCAUCAUUGUCACGAAAGGGCACUAAUGCAGGAUGUACCUGUUGUUGUUGCUGUGCAGCAAAACUGUUACAGGAACGGACCUCUGCCAAGGCUUGGUCACCUGAAAGAGUGCCUGAAAGAGCACCUGAGUGAUUGGCUUAAAUACGGAAUAAGAGCUUUCUCCUUCAGGUUCCAACAGAAGCAUUUCCCCUUAGAUGCAAUCUAAGCGGCUGCUUACCUGUAGGACCCCCUUGGCCAAUACUGACCUCAUCAGUCAUGGACCCGCACAUGUCCAUGGAACCGCUGCUGGGUUUAAAGGGAAUCAAAUGUCAAACGAAUGCUACAUACGUGCAACAAAUUACAACCUGCUUCUAAAUGUCACUAUAUUGGUGAUGCUAUUUUUAAAAUGCUGACAAAUGCAACCUUUUGACUCUAUUGUCUAACUACCUUGGUGAAGGUAAUUGUUACAUUUGAAUGUACUCAUUUGGCUGUUCACUUUUUUUUUGUACAGUAUACAACCAGCGGAUGAAUGUUGAAUUUAAAUUAUGUACCAAAUUCUGAAGGGCCUCAUGAAAAUUUGCUUUGUAAAAAGCUUUCUGUAAAACAAAACAAUCUUCUGACAGAAGUGAAGUGUAUACAACUCUGUGAGUUUAUAUGCUGUUUGUGUUUGCUUAAGUCUUUAUAUUUACAGAAAAUAAAUGAGUUUGUUGUUAUGG